CCUCGGCCUCUUCUCCGCGCGCUCCCUAUCCAGCUACAUGCGGAUCAUGUCCUCGGGGGCAUCCACGGCCGCAUCCUCCCUACGCUCCGCCGGAGCCUCGCUCGUCAACUCCAUCGCCACCCACGACGACGACGGGACACGCGACCAGGUACAAUGGGCUGGGUUUGAUAAACUUGAAUGCGGAGGUGACACACUGCGGCAGGUUUUGCUGCUAGCGUACAGAUCUGGCUUCCAAGUAUGGGAUGUUGAGCAUGCUGAUGAUGUCAGACAGCUAGAAUCCAGACACGAUGGUGCGGUUUCUUUCAUGCAGCUGCUAAAGAAACCAGUUGCCUCGAAGAGAGGCGAAGACAGAUUUGUAGAUUCACGGCCAUUGCUAGCCCUUGCUGGUGGUGGAACUAGCACAGGAAGUGGAAACAACAACGAUACCAAUGGCCCUGUCUUCAAUGGAACAAAUGGCACUCAGCAUAGUAUUGGCGGUGAAAAACUGCCUACCAUCCUUCGCUUUUAUUCACUGAAGGACCAUGCUUACGUCCAUUCAAUGAAGUUCAGAUCAGCCGUCUAUUCCAUUAGGUGCAGUUCUAGAGUUGUAGCUGUUUCUCAGGCUACUCAGAUACAUUGUUUUGAUGCUGCAACAUUGGAGCUGGAAUAUACACUUCUUACAAGCCCUAUAGUUUCACCGGUUUCAGGUUAUGGCCCACUUGGAUUAGGUCCUAGAUGGAUUGCAUAUUCUGGGAGUCCAGUUCCAGUUCCAAAUACUGGCCGUGUUAGCCCUCAACUUCUUAGUGUGUCUCCCUUAGUCCCAUCUCCUGGUUCAAACGGCAGUGUGGUGGCAUACUAUGCAAAAGAAUCAAGCAAGCAAUUGGCGGCUGGCAUUGUAACGCUCGGUGAUGUUGGAUAUAAGAAGCUUUCCAAGUAUUAUUCAGACCUAAAUGGUAGUGGUACUAUGAAGCAGGGGAACGGCUUCAAAGCAAAUGGAGUAACAAAUGGACAUACUAUUGACAGUGAAUAUGCUGGAAUGGUCAUUGUCCGAGAUAUUGUCUCUAAAUCAAUGAUAGUUCAGUUCAGGGCACAUACUAGUCCGAUUUCAGCACUCUGUUUUGAUCCCAGCGGAACUUUGCUCGUGACAGCUUCUAUUCAUGGCCGAAACAUCAAUGUUUUUCGCAUUAUGCCUUCUGUGGAUGGCAAUACAUCAGAAGAUGGUCCAAAUGGUACCUGUGUUCAUUUGUAUAAACUGCAAAGAGGCAUCACUAAUGCGGUCAUAAAAGAUAUCAGCUUUAGCGACGACAGUGAAUGGAUACUGAUUAGCUCGUCGAGGGGAACAAGUCAUUUCUUUGCAAUAUCUCCAUAUAGUGGAUCCACAAGCUUUCACUAUAGUGAUAACAGCCUUGCAGAAAAUAAUCAUAUAGUGGAUUCCAAAGUCAAGCAUGCUGCUCAUUGGUCACAAAACACACCUACCUCUCUGGGCCUCAGUCAGAAAAUGCUUUCUGUAUCAGGCCCCCCUGUAUCAUUGUCUGUUGUUAGUAGAAUAAGAAAUGGGAGUAACUUGUUGAAGGGUGCUGUCCAUGGUGCUGCAGCAUUUGCGACAGGUGUUUCCAGCCCAAUCGCUGGUGCUAUUGCUUCAACAUUUCACAACUGCAAGGGUGGAGUUCACUCAGAUGGCAGUUCACUUUGCAUGAAGUAUUAUUUGCUAGUGUUUUCCCCAUCUGGAAGUAUCAUACAAUAUGUUCUCCAUCACUCGGCUGAACAGGAUUCCGGAGUUGAUUUUCCUUCGGAUGCCGUUUCUUACGGAUCCCAAAGGGAAACUGAUACAAAGUUUGUUAUUGAAGCUCUUCAGAAGUGGGAUGUUUGUCAAAAGAGAAAUAGACGAGACACUGCUGAGAGUAAUUUAUAUAAUGAUUAUGAUAGUGGAGAAAAUAAUAAACUUUUCCAGAAAGUUGUCAGGAAAGGAAAUAGUAUCUACCCGUCCAAUAGUGCUGCUGUUGAAAGGCUGAAGCUUAGUGCUGAUGAAAAUCAUAAAUAUUAUAUUUCUGAGAGUGAACUGCAGACACAUGUUUUGCAAAUUCCGGUCUGGUCAAGAUCUGGGGUACACUUUCAAGUAAUAGGGGGCGGAACUUUGGAAGCAGACACCAGUGAUGAUAUUUCAGGGGAAACCGAAAUAGAAAAAGUCUGGACUCGUAAUAUAGAAUCAAGGUCAAAGAAUCUCACACCAGUCUUUGACUCUCUUCACACAUCUAGGUAUCAACAGACAAGGGUGAACAUGCCUGAUAGUAACAGAACUGGUUUGCUGCAGCGACAGAAGUCUGGAUUUUCAGCAGAUGGUAGACUCUCUCGCAGAAGCAGUUCUAGUUCUUUGGACUGCAUGUCUGAAGUUCCAAAUAGCGCUGAUGAUAACAGCUCUGGUCAAUAUUUAGUAGAAGAUAGUGCUGCUGCUGUAAAUAAGAACUCAAUUCUUAACCACCAAGCCGAGCUUGUAAAUAACACUGAGAGCCUGAACAUGGAGGCCCUGCUCGGAGUUGUAAAUAGCAAAGAGGAUUGUGUCGAUAGAGAGCUACUCCCAGACCUGUGAUAGUGACUGUUGUCAAAGAUGAUCACUGGUUACGGUCGUGAUGGAGGAGCUUCUUCAAUCGCCAAAGUCCUAUGCUUGUGUAACUGUUAUUCUUUCAUAUCUCCAUCCGGAGUUCUUGGCCUCUCUUGUAUACUGCUAUUUUUAUAUGCAUUCGUGGUGAGUUUACCGAUGAAAGGAUGAAGGGAGGUCGAAUUAUGGCCCUAUGGAUAUGGAAGCUCUAGUGAUGUAAAGUUGGGUUUUCUAUCUUGCAAGAAUCUGUACAUAACGAGAAUGCUCAUUACAUUUUCAAUAAUAGCUCUUAAUUUGUGAAUA